UGACCUUUGGGGUAUUAUUAUAAUGGCAUGAAUUUACUUCAAGUUUUGUAGGGAAACUGACCAAUUUGAUGCUAUAUUUAUCCUUUAUCCAACAAGAGAUUUAGGAACUCGUUGCCGGACAGGGUUAACUCGGACAAUGACUCAAAAGCUGACAAGGAACUUGAUUCAAUAUUUCUAGAUAUACCAAUGUCACAUUUGAAAUGUUCAGAUUUUCUAUCUUUUCUCUUUUUUAUUUCCUUUGACCCUCUGAAAAAACUUGUUUUGCAACCACAUUGUGACUUUUGCAUGAGUUAUGGAUGCUAGCUAAUUUGAUUCAGUAUUUUCAUGCUAAUGUCAUCAUUUGAUUAUUGACUAGGAGGUGCGAAGAUUCAUGAGACUGAAAGGAACUUGAAUUGUUUAUUUUUGGCUGGAAUUUUUAAUUAUUCCUCUUAUUGCAAUUUUGUGUAUAAUACUUGGAUGUAUAUGCAUAUACCUUGUACAGAAAUAAAUGAAAUUCUUCCUCUAUAUAUGUUUUCUCUUCCUCAAAAAGUUUUUACUCUCAAAUUGUCCACCCAUUUAUUCAUUUAUUCAAAUAAAACCCUGUUUAAUUAACUGGUAAGUAGCGUCAUCAUUUGGGAGUGGUGUUAUUGGCACUCUUGUUUUUUAUAAUUUGAGGUAGGGACAACCCCCCCACCUGUACAAUGACCUUUUUUUUUUUUUUACCCCUUUCUGAUUCUGACAUAACUUUACAACUGCCAUAACAGAAAAUUACCGCCAAAAUCCGCGUGGCUGCCAUUCAUGAAAGCCCACAAAUGACUUUCAAAGGAGUAGUUAAGCCUCUCUCCGUAUAUCAACAGAACCACAAGGUCUUCAAGACCUCAAGACUCACAAUAUUUACCCAUCCAUCUAUAUAUACAUGUAUCUAUAUUUGUAAUGUGUGCAGAUUGCAGAGUAAAGGGGUGACCACCCAGUGAACACACACACACAUACACAUGCACAUACACAUACACAUACACAAUCAAAAGGGAGAUGUCUACAAGAAACAAUUUAGUAACACUUUUGGUGGUUGCAGUAGCAACUGCAAUACUGAUACAGAACGCAGGUACAGCAGACACAUACUAUGUGGGAGACAGCUUGGGUUGGCAGGUCCCUCCCGGUGGCGCUGUGGCCUUCACCAACUGGUCUUCCCAAUAUACCUUUGAACUAGGGGACAUUCUAGUGUUCAACUUCACCACCGGGCAACACACCGCGGCCAAAGUUACAAAGGAGGCAUUCGAUGCUUGCAACAUCACAAAUCCUCUCUCUAUUGAAACCAAUGGUCCAGCGAACUUCACUCUUAACGCCACCGGUGAAAACUACUUCAUUUGCACCACAAGCAACCACUGUGCGAUGGGAGGACAGAAGUUAAGCAUCAAUGUGACUUCCCGUGCUGAAUCUCCAUCAGGCAACGACGCUCAGCCUCCUCCUCCUCCUCCUCCUCCACCACCCAGCUCUGCACCACCUACAGCCAUUGCCACCUUCUCUCUCAUCAUCUUCAUGUCCAUUACUGUAGCUUUCUUGUCUUAGUUUUUUACUAAACAGACUUGUCUUCACUAUUACAUACACUGUCCACUUUAUGAACAAUUUAUUUAUGCCUCUUUUUCUUUUUCUUUUUCUUUUUUAUUAUCUUUUAUGUUUAUACUUGUACUGGAAGGGCACAUUAUAUAUAGAUUGAUAUUUGUAUUCAGAUUUAAGUAAAGCAGUUUAUUUCAUCCAUGAUCCAUUAUAGCAUGAGAACCCUUUAUCAUUUUUUCAGACUGGAAUAUUUUGUUUGUUUGUUAUAAGCAUUUUCAAAAGCUUAGUGGACUUUCCCGUUAAUGUUUGAAAAUUGUUUCAUGUCCUUUUGUU